CAGAAGAUCCUGAUUGUGAUGCUGGCAUGUCCAAUAACAACGGACUUAUAGUUCCCAAUCAGGAGCAAGAUUCUGAGCCAGAGAAGGACACCGAGGAUGAUAAUUCCACCUCUUCCAGUCCUCCAUUACCAGUAAGUAGAUUCUACAGACCUUUUAUGUUUUUACAAAAACCAAUGAGUGUAAUGAGAUGAGUAAAUCUUUACUUCAAGGUUUGCAUUUGCAAAGUAUUCAUUUUUAAUGGUACAAAUGAAAUUCUUGCAAUGUUCAUUCUGUGCAUAAUACUCAUUUGUCCUUUAUUUGCAGCUCUGCAGUCCUGACUUUGGCUCAGAUUUUGCCAAUAACAUACAGGGUGCUGAAGGACCAUCUAUCAGCCCUGUUGAGCCCAGAUCUCCCUCACUUGGAAAUUUCAACCUGGGCCCAGUGUUGGGAGAAGGAGCAUUUGGGAAGGUGAGCGACUCAUUGCACAGUUAGGUUUUAGUUACUACUGAUUUACCCAGAGUGAUUGAACUUUCUGUCUUCUGACUCCAGGUAUUCCUAGCCGAGCACAAAAACACCAAAGAACUACGUGCUAUCAAGGCCCUGAAAAAAGAGGAGAUUUUGAAAAGGGGCAACUUGGACAGGUCAGUGACAGGGGAAAGAUUAAUAUUGCCCAUAUUUGUGUCAUCUUUUCUCAUAUUCAGCUUUAUAUGUAGGACAGGUUUCUCUUUUUAUAUUUUGUAUCUGUCUGACCUCACAUUCCUUUAAAUUAUUUGCAUUUGGUUAUUAUCUGCUGUAUUGCCCCGUGUCUGUUUAUUAGGAUAAAGGGUAAGUGUAAUGUUCCCUUGUGUGAGUCUCACAUGGUGAUAAUGGGAUAAUUUAACCCACAGCGUCUUCAAAGAGAAGGAAAUCCUCCAGAGGGUGAGUUCUGCCGAACACCCGUUCCUAGUGUCAAUGCAUGGAACCUUCCAGACGGAGUCUCACCUAUUUUGUGUGAUGGAAUAUCUCCCUGGAGGUGACAUGUAUGAAAUUGUAACAUCCGUGGAACUGCAAGAACCUGAAGUCAUGUUUUACACCGCAUGUGUCGUUCUUGGCCUGGAGGCAUUACACCACCUUGGCAUUGUCCAUAGAGAUAUAAAGCUUGAGAAUUUGCUGUUGGACCGGGAUGGCUACCUUAAGAUCGUAGACUUCGGCCUCAGCAAAGACAGAUUUGGAUACAGCGACCGCACUAACACCAUGUGCGGCACAAAAGCUUACAUCGCCCCCGAGAUCUUCCUGAAACAUGGAUACGGCAUGGCCGUUGACUGGUGGGCCCUAGGAAUCACCACCUAUAUAAUGCUCAUGUGUGAGGUAAGCACAAUUCCUAUAUUAUCAACUUACAUUGGGGAAUCAUUGGGGUUCAUAUUGAAACAUAUCUCUUGGGAAUGUUGUUUCGCUAAAGAAAUAAUGAUUCACUUUUUCAGUUACCUUUCAACAACGAAGACCCGGUUGAGCUAAUGCAGAGCAUCGUUUACGACAACAUCGAGUUACCAGACUAUCUAUCAGAGGAAGUCUCUGCAUUUAUAAAAGACGUAAGUUGGCCCCAGCAAAUUAGUAUCAUGUGCCUUUAGUCACUUUUUAUACUAAGGGCAUACAUGCUGUAUAGUUAUUAUUAUUACUAACAUGAUAUAACAUAUGGCCUUUAGUGUGUUUUAGUGGCAGUUUCAGGCUUUCACUGAACUUUACAAUAUGUAUUAUUACCCCAGAGAGUCCCUUCUAUUCCAUAGGGUCUGGCUAUGAAUGUCAGGAGCAGCGGGUACUCAAUCUAAAUACAGAACUUAAUCUCUGGUUCAUAUAAGCAGUUAAUAAAUUAAAUAUGAGCUUAAUUAGUCCAUUCAAGCAGUUACAUAUGCAUAUGGUUACUUUCUCUAUGGGGUUGGAAAAUUGCUUGUCUUUCCUAGGUGGAUACUUUCCCAGUAGAAUAAUAAAAUAGACAUAAACAAUAAUGAUUUAAAAAUGCUUGUUUUUAUAUUUUGUAGCUUUUAGAAAAAGAUCCAGAACAUCGCCUCGGUUCGAGUGAGG